UACAGCGGAGUUCUCGGCAUGCUCGAUUUACGAGCGAAAUAUCAAACCGAGUAUACAAGAUUGACUAUUUUUGCCUUACUCAGAUAUAUUUGUGUGAACUUUAUCAACGAAAGGAAUAAGAAGAAGAAUCUGGCUACCAACGGACUCUCAGAACAUGCAUACAAUGCGUGUGCAGAUACCAGAAAGCCGAAGCACCAGCACAUUCUUAAAAAAAUUAUCAACAAUCUGCUUGUGGAGACUGUGGCAUCUCUUGAUCUUUUGUGUUUUGAAUGGUGACCCUAUAUGAUCACUCAUAAUUGAUAGCCAGUGCCCACGAUGACUUCAUUGAUGGGAGUAGCUGCCAGCAAAGCAUGACAUGCAGAAGCCAGAUGUGAAAACUAGUGCAAAAUCCUUGCCCAUCCUCCCAAGUACAGCUGCAGGCAACAACAUCCGGGCCAUACCUAUCAGCACAUCCAUACCUUCAGGAUCAAGUGUCAAUACUAUUGGAGGCAAUGUAAACCACAGCAGACCUGACACUGCAUCCAGUCAUGUGACCACAACUGUCUCAGCCAGUUCUUUACCCUUAACACCUCAGCCUAGCCUGAUCCACAUACAAAACAGAACUGUAGUAGGUGGUACCAUAGGAGGGCCUGUUCCAGUUAAUAUCCUUCGAGGAGCUACCCAGGCUGCAUCAGUCAUGUCGCAGCAGCACCCCACAUCUUUUCCAUCACACUUGCCGCGAGGGGCUGUGGCAGCAUCGGCACUCACUCUUACUAAAAACUCUGCAGCAGCUGUGCUGCGAACAGGAAGCUCCGUAGCUAGUCAGAUUCCAGCUGCACCAUCUGUGCCUUCAGUUUCAGUUUCUGUGCCAGUCCAAGGUCUUGCUAGUGCCCUGAGCAGGUCACAGGUCAUCUCUGCCAUUCGAACUACCACACCACCUGCACCUCGUUCUACAAGUCCUGCUGUCAGCAUUUCUGAUCACACGAGAGCGAAUUUGAUUGUUCAUGGAGGCACGACGUCAGGCACGACUGCCGGCCACAUUUCUGGACAGCCCGUUCAGAUCACUCUUACACAGCGUGUAGGAGCUGCAGGUCAAGCUGCAGCAAUUGCAGACAGCAUCAAACCAGGCAGUCUCGUGGCUUUGGGUCCAAAAACAGUCCAUGUGGCUCAGUCAGGUCAACCACAUCCACUAGUGCAGCAUCCAAAAGUUGCUACAGGUUUACAGAGCAGUGGUGUAGCUGGGGUGGCAGUUACACCCCAGCAGCUUCAGCAGCAGGCUGCUUUGGCGGCGUCCAAACCCGGUGCGCUGGCAGUGAAUGCAGCAGUCCCUGCUAUCACCAUCAACUCGUUAUCAGCCCCUGUCACACCAGCCACAGUUGUGGCCCCUGCAGCGGCGGCACCAGCUUCCAUACCUAUAGCGAAGGUAACUCCUCAAAGGCAGCAAACAGCUUUAUCUGCGAACUUACAGCAAACACCAUUAGCCAUUCAGACGGUGCCAUCAGGGAGUGAGUUCUCAAACAUGCCAGAUAUCAGUGCCAUGGCAACACAGUCUGGUGCUAGCCAGCUCUUGCUGUCCCAGACUCACCGUGGUAAUACUGUUACCAUGGCUACAAGCUCUGCAAUAGCAACCUUGGCAACAUCUGCAGCUACUUCACUAAAUCCACAAUCUGCUGACAGGUCUGUGCAGCAACAGCACCCCUUCAAUCUCACGGCAACACCAGGGCAAGGACAGGACUCAAUGUGGCUGCAACACAUCCUAUACCAGGCUCAAGCACCGCUUGUUCCUGGCCCCCAUAAUGCCUCCACAAUCAUGCGACCAGCAACAUUUUUCAUCCCCCGUCCUUCUCUAGAGCAGAAUAAACUGACAAGUCAGACACCAAACUUGGCAGCUUCAUUGUCUCACCCUCUGAAUGCUGCACAACCCGCAGUGCUCUUUAACCCAAGAAUGAUGGUUGACAGUCUGCGCCAGCCAUUGCCGCUAAGCACCAAUGCUGCUUUCACUGCUGCAGCGGUCACAUCAGCCCCUGCAAGUCUGACUGUUGUUAACAGUGAUAGUAAGCCAGUCAUUUCAUUGUCAACCAACACAGUUUUAUCAGGCCUACAGACUUCCAUAAUCACCACAUCAACCACGUCUGCUGAACAUUCUCAUCCAGCUUCGUCGUCUUUGCACAUUGCCACCAGCAUACAACCUGCCUCAGCUGUUGCUUCUGCCUUAUCCCCAGGACUAAAUUUGGCUGCUGCCCUUCCCAGCAUGCCAUCCCGACCAACAGUAGCAUCAAGUAUCAUCGCUGCCGCAACAGCACAGCAAGUACAUGCUACAUCGGGGACUCAGCCACAACCGCCUGGUACACCAGGUGGCACAUCAUCAAAUACCAAUCCUGGCUCUUCACCCAGGCCAAGCAUUUUGCGAAAGCGUACCAUUGAUGGGAAUGUACCUGUACCACGCAGACCUAAUUUCAACUUGAUGUCAGAAAGUCAGAGUCCACGACCCGACAACACGCCACUGUCCAAUGUUAGCUCACCCAAAACUCCAGCUACUGAAAACAGUCAGUCAUCCACAGACACUGCUUUGUCAUCCAACGAUGCCACUACUCCAACUCACAACUCCCAUUCAGACCUAAAAAUCAAGCAAGAGCCAGGGGACACGCUAGAAAAUGGCACCACCAUGGUGGCCUCUCCUGCCGUGAGUUUUUCUGGAAGCAUGACGGAUGCAUCACCACGCAAAAGGGCACGCAAACAACUUUUUGAUGUCUCCCACAGAAAUGUGAACGAAGAACUCAAGGAUAAUACAUCAACAGAUGAUGAGAUAGAGCAUCAACCUGACGCGAAGGAUGAUCUUGUUGAUGGCUCCACUGAAAAAAGAAAUGAGUAUAUUGAUGAAGAUGGAGUGCGUUGGACAACAGAGAAAACAAAACCAUCUAUCUCCAUCUUGGGAGAAUAUAACACCAGCUGGAAGCCACGAUGUAACCAUUUUCUGCGCUACAGUGAUGUCAGGCCCAAAGAUGACCGUCGACCAACUGUAAAUGAAUUAGCAAACCAGCGUGGAAUCUUACAGAAGUCAAGUGGUUGGAAGUUGUUCCACAUGGCAGCACAACUAGAAGACCUGGUGGAGAAUGAACAAAAGACGCACCAGAAAAUUGCAGAAAUCAAGGCCAGCCUGGCUGCUCGUGUUGGAGCUCGACAGGUGUCUGAUCCAGACUUUAACGUCCUUCAGGAACUAACACAGGCAAACCUUCAGAGGUGUCAGCUGAUAUCAGACCAGCUCAUGGAAGCCAAACAGAAUAUGCUGAACAUUCUUAAUCACCGACCCAAGAUACAAGAAAUCAUUCAUAAGAACCUUUCUAAACGUCCAAUCAAGAAGAAAGAACGCACAUAGUGGAAGGCAAAAGUCAUGACGUCGCUGAACACUAUACUCAGGGCUCGAAAGUGGGUCCGUAUGCUGGUUUGAUUAAUCAGGUGCAAGAUCUGAUGAAAGGGAAAGGUUACCAUAAAAGAUGCAAAUGACAGUGCCCCAAAUCUUUGAAACCCAGUGUAAGGUCAAAACGUUUUAGGGAAAGAUUUAAAUUUAGGAUCUCUUAAAGCCAGUUUGACAGACAUGUAAGAUCGUCUAACCUUUGAAAAGUCGGUCUCAGGUAAUAGGGUAUUUUAUUGAUACAUCCUUGCAUCAGAUGGAGCAGGUCAUCUGGUUGAGAUCUGCGGACCUUUUAACAAAAGAUCUGCAGGGUACUCACUGGAACUGGUGUUGAGACAUCGAUAAACUAAUGAGACGUCCAUAGGAGACUGGUGCUGAGAUGCAUUCAGGUCAGAGAGCCUCACAGACAUGAUUGGGCUAACUCAGAUGGGAAGGGGGAGCUUAAUUCGCAAAGGCAAAGCUCUAUUUAAAUUGUAAAAACAAUUUUCUAAUACAGAAAAAACAAUUGUGAAUAAAAAUAUCCCAAGAGCAUCAAGACUGUGUCAUAUGAGCUGUAUGUGUAAAAUAAACUGAGCUGCUGCAGAUUCCUAGGAUUGUUUCGUUUCUUCACAGCAUCAUAGACAGCCUUAUGGUGGAGAUCUUACCAGCAAAAGACAUAAUUCCCUUAUUUAUUCAUUGGAGUGAGUACAGGAGUCGGCGUUCAAGUGCUGUUACAAAGACAAGAAGUCUCCAGGGAAAAGUUUCCUGCAUUGCAAAAAGCCUUUUUAUUUCCCCCCCAUCCCUCCAAGACUCUUAAUCUUGAAGGCUUUGUAGAAUAGCAUUCUUGAAGUAUUUAUGAGACAGGAAACUGUCACAGUUGCAAUUUUGUCGUCAACUGGAAAAUUAGUGGUGCAUCUCUUGCAGAACAGCAAGGUUUUGUGCAAACAGGAAGCCAUCACUUGAUGAUGACUGCUGAAUUGUGUCAGCAUGUCAUUUGCUACCACAGAAAGAACUCGUGGGAUCUUUCUGGGAAUGAUGCAAAAAAGUUAAUGUGUUACAGAGAGCUUUUCUCUGUAUAAUUCACUUAAGCCUUUCAUGACACUUGACUGUGUAAUGUUUGCAUACAAACCAAAUGCAGCUGACAAAUACCUGCCAUUUGGACCAGCCAUUGGCCCCAGAACUUUCUGCUACUAUGAUGAAAUGACAAGUGCUUAAAAUUACGUAGACUAUGCUAGUGCUGUCACUGGAAACUGGCAAAAGUUACCAUGGAAACAGUCCUUCCUCGCACAUUCAUGGUCCAUUAUAUGCAUUGAAAGGAGACUUCUUUGAAGAUGAUGCUGCUUCCUUGGGCUAGCCAAAUGCCUCGGCUGUAUUAUAGAAUUCAAGUGAGCACUAAAAAUAUUGUGGAAUAACUUUAGUGUACAAACUGAAGUAGCCUUUCAAACAAGUCUCUAUAGCUGGAAGAGACUUGCAAAAAAAAAAAAAGGCAGGGUCACUUCUGCCUGUAUGCUUUUAGAGAUGGUGUGGUUAUACAGGAUACAGGACCUGCAGAAAUGAAGUGUUUUAUUUGGGUUCACUGCUCGUCCUCAAAGCUGAUGGAAGUAAACUGUAGUGAGGUGGCUACAAUGUAGUAGACAUCAGGACACGAUCUCAGAAGUGAAACAGAGCUGAUUGAGUGAGUAGGGAGGAGCUGUGCAAUGUUGAAGCUCAGUGCACUAGAAAGUAAGCGUGGCAGAUAUUUAAUGGCACAUUUUGUCCUCGACUUUAUCAAUAAAUCUCCACAGAAAAGCAGCUGCAGAACCAUUGGCACCACAACUAGCUUCCAGUCUUCUGCCAUGUGAUUCUCAGUUCAUGGGAAUAUUGUGGACAAAAAAGUGAACCGCAGAUGGUAUUUGUCAGUAUGGUUUUCCGGUUGCUGUAUUGUCCUAAUCGUGCUUUGUACAUGUCUUUAAUAUAACUGAAUAACUGAACCUUGUGUACUGUGUUCAUUCAAUAUCUGCUAUGCAGAAACUGUUGCAUUCAUUACAUGUGCAGCAAAUUGCAUUCAUUUCCUAGUGAGGUUGUAAGAAUAGUUUUGAUCUCUUAGUCACUACAAGUUAAUGUUUAUAUGCAUGAGUGAAUGCACACAAGGUCUGUUCAUCUGCUGGUACUCAAUGUUUUUUUUUACAUUUUACCAGCCUCACUAUCCGCUCUUUCUGUCUUGUUUCUGGUUCUGUGUGUUUGUGAAUAGGACAUUUUUGAUUAAGACUUCAAAACAAUUUUUUUCAUUCUAGAGACAUUGUAUAACUGACAUGAAUUGAACAUUGCUGAGAGAUUCAAAGAAAUCUUUAGCAGCAAAAUAAAGUGAUCAACACCAAG